GCAGCGAAAUCGCCAUGUUUUUUUGUACCAGUCGAUGUGACACAAAGCGACUUUUGCCAUUUAUCCCUCGCGAAUUCCACCCUUUAAUGAUAGAGUUUAUUCUAUAGCACUAUUAUCCAGCGUCUUUGCAAUAUCCGGCCGUUUGGGUGUACUUAACAUCAUUUUCAGAGCAUCGUGAAGCGCUUCGGGCCAUCCGAGGUAAGACUUCAACAAGAAGCCGUUUCAUUGGACAACGCUAUCCAAGGGAAUUAUGGAGAAGGUGGACCUAUGUGAGGUAGUGAAGCUGACAGAGGAGGUGGAGAGCGCCUACAACCAGGUUGAAGUACUUUCCCCCAAGAAACGAAAGCGCAAAAGUCAGGAAGAGGGUGAGGUGAAGCCGAAGAAGCCCAGGUCUGCCUACUUGCUGUACUACUUCGAUGUCCAUCAGAUUAUGCAACAGGAGAAACCCAAUCAGCCACAAUCAGAGAUCAACAAGCGAAUCAGUGAGAGCUGGAAAAGGCUCAGUGUGGCAGAGAAACGCUACUAUCUGGACAAGGCCAACUCGGAGAAGGACGGCACUGAUACAUUGUCAUCUCCCAGCCCAUCCAAAGACCUCCCAGGCUUCCGUAAGAUCCUACCGAGAGCUAGUUACCUUGUUUUGACCGACGAUCCCCAGGCGGGAGGUUCUCUGGCAGAGAGUCUCAAUGAUCCAGGUAAUGGAAAUUUGUCCUUUCCUACUUUGACUCAAGAGCUGAAAAAGGCCCAGACGCUUGGCCUGGCUUGCAAAGUGGAUGUUUCUCAGAGGUCUGUGGGUAAACCUGGGAAUACAGGAGAGAUGUCGUAUUCCGCAGCAAUCCGAGGAUGCACAUCUUCCUCUUCAUCCAUUACAUCCGUGUCUCCAACUUCCAAAAACAUUUCUUUCUCACUGAGCCCUGUGGAUGUUACAGCAAACUGUGUUCAAAUGAAAGAAUGUGAGAUAAGACAUGCUGCUGGUGUUAAUAGUGGGGUGACAAUGCAUCAAACCCAAGGGGAAACCACACAGAUGGUUGCCAUUAUCCCCAACGAGAACAUGCUUGAGCCCAAAUCUUUGGCAGGAGUCAGCCCUUUGGGCCCCCUAAUGAUGGUCUCUGUGGCAGCUAGAGAAGAGCCGUCAUACAAGAUGGCUGUGAAAACAUACACCAGAAGGGGUCGUGGGAAGUGUCUAAAUCCUCAUUGUUCAUUUAUCUACGUCACACGACACAAGCCAACAAAAUGCCCUGAAUGUGGACGCCACCUUGGCGGCAAAUGGAUACCUACAGCAAAGAAAACCCAGCAAAAAAAUUUACAAGUUUCCAAGCUUGGGUCUGAAGUCAAGUCCGGUUCAACCAACCAAGACACAGUGCAAGAGGAGAACGCUGAUGCUGGUAAAACAAAACCCAGUGGGGGCAAAAAAGAAGGGCAAAGGUGCUUGAAAAAGAUAAAAGCAAUUCCGGGUGAAGAGCCAGCAGAGGGCAGCAGCAAGUCACCAGAUAAAACACUGUGCGUGUCCAUGCAGCCACUAAUAAAGCACGUGAAAGAAAUGGCCCUCAAAAGACACAGCAUGUGCAAUCUUCAGGGGAGGCCUGUAAGACCCAUCUUACCUUCCUAUUGUAGCACAGGUCCUGCUUUGUUUCAGAUCAUAACCGUCCCAACUGUGAACAGAAAAAUUCCAACACGAAACAUCAAAGCACCUUCUGAGCCACGGGAGAGAUUCUCAGGUCUCAAAGCUGAUACCUUAAAACAGCUCGGCCGAGAAGUCCAAUCCAAGCAGGAGUCCUUUGUCACAGCAAGUCAGCUUGUUUCCUCCCCAUCUGAUAUGACCAUUGUAUCAGUUGUGCCUUUCAAUCAUGCGACAGUUGACAGCUUUAAACUGGGACUGUCAACAGCGAGAGGCAGAGGUCACUGUAAGAACGCGCUGUGUGACUACAUGUAUAAGAACAGACACAAACCGUUAGUGUGCCCUAAAUGUGGUUGUAAGCUGACCCGGGGGAAUCCUAAGGAAUCCAAGAGGUCGGAUCGAUUGGUGGAUCCAUACCAGCCCUUGAGUCCUGUUCAGAAAGACAUCCAGCGGCAAUCCACCCUGCAGCUGAUUCGCCGUUGCCUGCAGAUUCCAGAGAGCGAGGCCGAGCUCCAGGAAACACUUGUUCUCAUCCAGGAUCUUAACGGUCUUCAAAUUGUCCUGGUCCAACCGGGGGAGCCAAAGCAGGAUGGGACCGUUGAGACUGAGACCCUGGUGGAGUCUGGGUGGCCUCAGUUCUAUGAAUCAUCAGCCACUCACUGUGUCCUGUGUAAAAAGCCUCUUUACAAAGGAGAUCAGAGCACGAUAGCAGGACAGGAGGACUGCUGGCUGCUUACUGAGAUGCUGGUCCAGACGGCAUCUCUCCAGCUUAAAGUGUGUCUCAAUGCUCGGUGUCUGGCUAUGCACAGCUUCACUGACCUGCAUCCAGGUUUAUUCAAUAUUGGAAACAGACUUCUGGUUAGUAUCGAUCUUUUGCUGACGGUCAGAGCCAAAAUCAGACUGGGCCACCCACCCUCGCAGGCUGUCAGGACCUUAUUUGACCAUGUCUCCAAUCACCCCGUCCAUACGCUGAGUCCAGAGGAGAUGUCCCAAAUUCAAGAGUUUCUCCUGAUAGGCUACUGGGCCUUCGAGAGCCUGACACUGCGAGACUAUAACGAUAUGAUUUGUGGCGUUUGUGGUGUCGCUCCCAAGUUGGAGAUUGCCAGGCGAUACACAAACAGUGUGCUGGAGCUCAAGAAUGUGGAGUUCACCUGGCCUGAGUCUUCAGUGUCAGACGAAGUGAACGUGGAUGACUUCUGGCUGACCAUGGAGACUGAGGCCAUUGAGCAGGCUGCUUUCCCUACAGACAUCCCCAUCACGCGGGUGGACGCUUCAGUUAUUGCGCCCUUCAUCCCCCCACUGAUGAGGAGCCCCACUGUUAUUAACACAGAGAAGGACAAACUCAUGUCACACAAACAGCAGCCCCCAGGAGCGCCAUCAGUUCUGGUGCGGCUCAUUCACGAUGGUGAGUUGAGGUUGGACAAGAUUGAAGACCACAGCGAGGAUGAACUGAGAAAUAUUCUGCAGCGUUGCGGGGCGAGCAUCACUCCAUGCUCCUCUAAGAAUGACCUGCUGACUUCUCUGAUCUCCAUGUGCACGCUUGUUCAUAGUGGCCUCCCCACAGGCCCCCAGGCACCUGAGAACCUCACUGCCGGCAAGCUGUCCAUAGUUUGCCCCCAUAAGAUUAUGUGUGGCUCCAAAUACUUGGUGAGAGGAGAGACGGCCCGGGACCACGUGGAUCUGCUGGUGUCCUCCCGUUACUGGCCUCCGGUCUACGUUGGCGACAGCGCUCGACAAGUGGCGCUUUGUACAGACAUGCAGUACCCAGAAAUGGCCGCCAGGAUGUGGGGCAGAAAUCAGGGCUGCUUCUCAGAGCCUUUUGAUAAGCCAGAGUUUGUGUCAUGCGCUGAGCUGCAUGAGAAGCCGUACAAUGCCGAACUCUCUACGUUGGGGCAAAAUGAGCAUGUUCACCCUCUCACUAAAUCUUCCUCUUGUUGGCUAGUACAUCCCCCUGAUUCGUCUCCAAGCCACGAGACCGCUGUUCCGGAGCACCACUCAAUGGCUUUGUGCAAAGACCUAGAGCACCUCAUCUGCACUGUGACUCAAAUUAACAAGGAAGACAUUGAGGAGCAAAAGCAAAUGGUGGACGAUGAACAACAGGGAAAUCAGAGUUCAGUGAACUCUUUGAGGACACAACGUGUGCUUUUAAACAACCCGGCGCAUUACUACCUCUACAACCGGCUGCUGGAUUUUCUUUCCAGUAGGGACAUCGUGACUGAGCAGAUCAACCAAGUGCUAAAGGUCUGUCAGCCCGGGGAGGUCGUCAUCCGGGAUGCGUUGUACCGGCUCGGAGUGGCGAACAUCAACCUGGAGAGGGAGGAAGGCAAAAAAACUGAGGUGGAGGAACUGAAACAAGGGACAGAGACGGCGUAUGAAGUGGUCCUGCCUGAAUGAAAACAGCUAUAAGGCAAAAUGUUAUGCCUGAAAGCAUGAAUACUGUACAGUUCUCACAAAUUGUUGGUCUUUUGGGUGAAAUCUAUGUAAUGAUCCUAUAAUGAUCAUUGAAUGCACAUGGCUUCAAACAGAAUGUUCUCAGAGGGACGUGGCCACUGAGCUUUGAUAGUUACCGUGUCAUCGGCAGGGUGUAACGGACCAACUGGAAGAGUCACAGAAAGGCACAGAAGCAGAAAUCCUUGGAAAUCGUUCAAACACCAGCUGUGAAUAUUACCAUUCACCUCUUUGUUAGAGAAUCGCAAGCUAUGCCAAAAGUACUGAAUCUGUGAACAGUUGGACAUGUGCAUUCAAAUGUUGAGAGAAUGUCAAAUUAAAGGUCAGAAUACAAAGGUUUUAUGGCAGUUGGUUAAAAUUCCUAUUUGCAUUGUUAAUGUUUUGUAAUACACACGCGUCAUUUACAGCAAGUUGUCAACCAAGUGGCUAAAAAUGUGGUUUUAUUGGGCACUCCUGAACGUUCCCGAUUUUGAGACAUCCUAAAUGUAGUUCUGGCCACCGCAAGGGCUACCGGAAGUGAUGUAAUGUUUGUCAAGCAUUACCGUCCUGCAUUUACUCUGAUGGGGAGCGGUGAUUUGGAAUACGAGCAGGAUUAGGAUUUAUAUACACAGAAACAGUCUGAAAGCAGACUUGUGGUCAAACCCAACAUCUUUGAACCAAUUCGGAGGUCAGAGCCUAUCUUGGACGGCAGCUACCAGCUUCUUUUAACAGCUGCACAACAGAAGGUGCAGCUGGAAGGUGCUCACUACUAUAGGUCAAUGCGACUGAAGAUGCUGGUGAAAGCGCGUCACAGUAUCUCAAAGAGUGGAUUGGAAAUAAAGACUGGUUAUGUGUAUGUAUAUACGUAUACAUAAAUACUGUAUAUAAAUGUAUCCUUGCGCCUGCAGGCGGUAGUAAACAAAAAGCCUUCGAAUCAAGAGCAGUCAGCUGUACAUGAAAGGUCAACAACGCGCUGCUCUGGUUUGAACAAUUAAGUGCAAAUGGUUUUAACAAUUUUUUUCUAAUGCUCAGUGCAUAAUCACCACUAGGGUUGGGCGUUGAAAAUCGAGAACCGAUUGGAACCGGGACUAACCUUCCGGUUCUCCCGGAAUUGUUCAAAUUGAAAAUUUCAGUUCCCAGUUUCGAUGCCUAGAGUUCGCCGAACCAACGAAGAAGAACAUGCACGAAAACGUAGCGGCGGCGGACAAAAGCGUUUAUUAGCUUUGUUAAAAUUAAUGACCAGUUGCCUCAGUGCAACACUUGGAAUAAGAUUAUAUUGUGCAAAGCAGGCUUUCACGAUGUGUAGAAGUCUGACGCGCUCCCUCCUGCUCCGACCCUCAGCCUACACCGCGCGGAACUUCAGUCAAGUCAAAUUGGGUAGUGAAACAAUAAAAUGUCUAUGCCAUUGAGGUAGCUAACAAGUUCAACGGUGGGUUGCACUUUUGCACUGAAGCUUUAACAUUUAACUAAAACUUCACCAAAACAGCAACUUUACGUCACAAUGAAUUGGGACAAAAUUCACAUAAACAUUUGUCUUACAAUAUCACAAACACUAACCUUGUGCCUCAUCGGUGGGUAGGUAAAGGAAGCAAUGUUUUAUAGCAUUUGGUUCCAUUCAUUACAGUUUUUUUGCAGUCUCGGUUUACUUUCGUUUUCAAAAUUCACCAGUCAUUUGAAGGUACUUUUUGUGCCAAAAUACUGAGUUCUGCUGGGUACCCUUAAAUAAAUAAAUAUUUUAACGUUUAGCUGAAACAAUUAAUAAAUAUUGUCAAUUGUGUUUGCUCCACACAUAAUCCCUUUUAGUUUAGAUACUGAUCCUGGUUAUAAAGAGCAACUGAGUCAAAUGUUCAUUUUAGUCUAUGCUGCAGGCUGCUAAGAAAAUGGAUGUCCAUAAUUUGGACACCCUUUAUUUAAACCAUGCAAACAAUUUUGACCCAACCCCCUAAAAGAAUCUGAAUCGAAAUGAGGAACCGGAAUCGGGACCAGAAUCGCUCAAAUUCGAAAGGUGACCAACCCUAAUGACCACCAGUAGUAUAUUUGUAGUACAUGCAAAGAAGUCUGUACCCGCAUCCUGCAUGUGCCGCUUUUCUCAUUACAAUGGCAGCUGGUGUCCGGUUUGAAGACGCGAUUGUCGAAGGGAAAAUCUUAAUCACCGCAGCUGGUUUCAGCCUGGCCUGAUCUAUGCCAAGGUAUCCAAUACUUUAUGCUAAAUGUUUACCAAAACAUGCUGGUUUGACUCUUGAGUAUCCACUGGACUAAUAUUGCUAUUAAAUUGCUUGGAAGGUGGAAGAAGCUCUUAUCACUGCCCGCACCAUUAGUACAACCAGCUGCCACACUAUAAAACAUGGUGAAAUAACAAAAUACGCAGCACUAAGCCGAACAGCAACGUGCGCGAACAGAGGGGGUGACACCCCAUUUGUUGUCACAGCCGAAAAUAUCCGACAAUAACCCGAAGACAGGAAGGGCCUAGAUUCAAAACGCAGACAACACAUUCUGAAUUCUAUUUAUCCAUUGAACUGCUCCAUGACUGCUAUGUAAUCCCCUUGACAUUAUGGUUUGUAAAGGGGUUCUAGAGGUAUCAAUAAUUUUUUUUAAAAAAUCUUUGUGCUCUGCGGUUUAAGUUCACAUGUAAGGUUUGUCCAUUUUAGGUUUAUCCUGAGUUUUCACCCAAAAAUCCUAACUUUUUGUGAGUAGUGUAUGUUGUAUAGAAUGAGAAAAAACAGAUGUGAAAAUAUGGAUACAUCUCACAAUUUGACUGCAUUGUUUACAGUGAAGAAACUAUUAAGAAAAUACAGUAUUACAGACUUAAUGCACGGUAGAAUAGGCUCAGCUCCCUAUACAAGGAGCAUUAAUGUUUUUAAGAGUUUUGUCAAAAGGUUGUGAAUGAUGUGUUGAACAAUAAAUAAAGAAAUGUA